AUGGCUCCAGUGAAACCCAUUCCCGAAUCACACGAGUACAGACAGAAGUGGAAGACCCGCCGUGGCAAACGAAGCACCGAGAGUAAAGCACGACGCCUGAAGGUAUACCUGGACAAUGUCCAAGGUAAGACGGUUGCAUCAGUGGAGGCAAGACGGGAGAAGGAGACGUUGAAAGUAUAUCCUGGAGACUUGGUGCACGCAGCAAAAAACAAGUUGCACGUCGAUCUGCUUGUCCAACGGCAGUACCCAGAAGGCGUUUUAGCAUCUCAAUUACCUCGAUUUGAUCCCGACGACUCCUUCUUCCUGCUACCACCUGAGGAUUCCAAGGAAGCCUGUCGUCCACUGCACCCUUUGUUUAUGGCGGCGAGGUUCGAGCAUGUCAUCACAAAGCCCGGGCAGAAGGAGAUUGUCAAGGCUUGGGAUGCUCUGCAGUUCGUUGGUGUCAAGCACCACGCCGGGUCGAGGGAGGCGAACCGCUCGUCAACCCUUGCCUUGCACCUGGGGGUGUGGGAAGUGCAACAAUCAUUCCCCAAGGUGACGCGGGAUACGAGGCUACAAACCCCCGAGGCACUGAGUGCCAUCGAUAGGCUUCUGUUGGCUGUUGGAACUCACGUGGCCCCCAAGAUCCUUGCCUUACUGCAGCGCUAUGCUCCGAAGCAGCUGGAUAGACAACUCAGGACGAACAAAGUGAUCAAGCGCUUGUUAAGACAGGAAUUCCUUCUCCGGCCUGCGCUGGACUUCAGGGGGGCAUUCUUCUGUUUUGCCAUCAAGGAGGGCACGAGCGAAGUCAUUCAUUUGGAUUGGAAUGAUGAUCUGGACACGAUCACUUGGCUUAUUGCGCUCGGGGAGUGGGAGGGUGGUGAGAUAACCCUUGUCUACAAAGGUGUAGAGCGGCGUAUUCCCCUGCAUGCAGGGAGUGUCUUUGGCUUUAUGGCCCGAACGUGGCCUCACUGCACCACACCAGUCACUUCGGGGCGUCGGAUCAUUCUGACGUGCUUCUCAGACAGCAACCUUCUGCGCCGUGCCAGCAGGUUCAUGCUCCAUCACCAAGGUGUUAUUAUUAUCUAA